CAGAGGAAGAAGACCCGGCGCUCCAGUGUGGAUGAACCUUAGUGGAGUGUAAAUAGGCAGACAGCUGUCAUGAUGCUCUUUAACAAAACUUCAUGUCUUCUUUCAAACAUCUGCCACAUCAGGAAUAUAAAAUCCAACAUGGCGGCAGCGCAGAGAAGUAGGAAUCUUUAUUUUCAGAUCAGGAGUCUGUCCCAGCUCACAAAGCUUCACAACCCCGUCCAGAAUCCGGUCUGUUACCCUCAGAACAACUGCUUGUGUCAGAGCAGAGUGGAUGGCCUUCACUGGAGGAACAACAUCCACCUAACAGCACCGAGGCUGGAGAAACCCACACCUGUGCAGAUCAGGGAGCUGUCAGAGGCAGCUUAUGAGAAGCUGGCUGAUGAAACCCUGGAUGCUCUGGCGGAUUAUUUUGAAGACCUGACAGACGAAUCUUUCACUGGAGCAGACUACGACGUCAUCUUUUCUAGUGGUGUUUUGACGGUGAAGGUGGGCGGAGACCACGGUACCUACGUCAUCAACAAACAGACUCCAAACAAACAGAUCUGGCUGUCCUCUCCCACCAGUGGACCGAAGCGUUAUGAUUGGACUGGCGAGCGUUGGGUUUAUACACACGAUGGCAUGGGCCUCCACCAGCUGCUCUCUGAGGAGUUUUCACUCAUCUUUAAAAGAAACAUGGACCUCUCAGUGCUGCCGUACUCCUGAGGCAAACACGUCUGAUGAGAUGCAGAACUGCUCUACACAUCAUCUGUGACAGCCAAGACCACCAGAGACCAUGUCAGACCACCAGAGACCAUGUCAGACCACCAGAGACCAUGUCAGACCACCAGAGACCAUGUCAGACCACCAAUAGGCCACGUCAGUACACCAAUAGACCAUGUCAGACCACCAU